UACGAAAACUGAUUUUAAAUUUUGUUUUUUUUCUACUCUUUAUAAUUAGUUGAAAACUGAAAAUGAUUUAGAUGAUAAAAGAGAAGAAGUGUAGAGUUUUCAUAUACCUGGACAUCUACUUUUAUUUAGUUAUUUACUUUUUUUUAGGGUUAAAUAAGAUUUUUAUUGGAAAUCUAAAAUAGUUAUAUUUGUGAGAAACUGAGAAAAGUGAUAGAACCACUCCUGAUGACCUGAAAUGGAACCACUCUUAUUUAGUUAUUUACUUAAACAUGCAUACAUACAUAUUUUUUAUUUAAUUGUUUUUUUCUACAUACUAUAACAUGAUAGUGUAAAAGCUUAAAACUUUUUAUCGUUUAAUUUCUAAGUAACAUUUUAGGUUAGAUUUGCACUUUAAUUUACAUUAUGUUAAUUUUUCAAAUAAAUUACUAAUUUUUAACACAUUUUACAAAACAAUUAUAAGAAAAAUAAAUAAGAAAAAAAUGGAUAUAAAUUUGUAUUACUUUUUUUUUUUGGUAAGCCCAUCCGGUUUCUAAGGCUUCGCCCUGACUAAUCCGGAUCCGACCCGCGUCGCGCACCUGGCAUGGUGGGUGAGUCUGCCAGUGGGAAUUUUCUGCAUUCACAAGGACUCGAACCCGAGACCUUGCUUAAGCGAUAUCAAGCCGCUUACCACUUGGACCAACCCCCAUUGGUUAAAUUUGUAUUACUUUAAAUGUGCGUACAACACAAAAUAUUUCAUAAUGAAACAAUAUUUGUUGUUUGUUUGGACUAAGUCAGCACAAAUUAUAGUGAAAAGAAAGAGAAAAGACCUUGAAAAGUUCCAAAAGUGAGAACAACAAUAUAAUUCAAGCAAAUAAACAUAUUCCAAGAGUUGUCACCUUUAUGCUUAAUAGUUAAUACUCAUUAUAAGUAUGACUAAGUUCUCGUCUUGCACCAUAACACAAUCAUACACAGAAAACAAAAAAUAAAGGAAAAGAAAGUAGAAAUGGCAGUAAUUAGCAAGCCUCAUGUAGUUUGCAUUCCAUUCCCACUUCAAGGCCACAUUAUUCCAAUGCUCAAGUUUGCAAAACUACUUCAUUCCAAAGGUUUUCAUGUCACCUUCGUCAACACUGAGUUUAACCAUGACCGCAUUCUUGACUCGAGAGGUCCUAAUUCGUUAAACGGCUUGCCUGAUUUCCGUUUUGCAACUAUACCUCUUCAGCACCCACCUUCCAAUUCUCACACUAGUUUAGCCUUGAAUUUGCAUGCCCUGCGUGAGACUUGUCGAAAGGAUUUCUUGAGUUUGUUUCGUCAUCUUGUUGCUGAGCUCAACGACGAAGGAUCCAAUCCUCGUGUUACAUGCAUGCUCUCGGAUGCUAUUUUGAAUCAUAGUCUGACUCUUUCUGAAGAGCUUCAGAUUCCUAAUGUGUUGCUUUGGAAUAUGGGAGCUUCUGGAUUUAUGAGCUUUAAACAUUCUCGUGAUCAAAUCAAACAAUGUAUUGCUUUUCUCAAAGAUCCUAGUAGUGAAACAGGUAUGGAGAAGAAUUUGGAGAGCAUGAUGGAAUGGAUUCCAGGAAUGAAAGGAGCUAAACUGAGGGACCUUUCCAAGUUGAUCAAAACGAAAGAACAAGUAAACUCCGUCGAAGAUUCAACUGAAAGUGACAUCGGAAGAGCUUCGAAAGCAUCGGCUGUUAUAUUUCACACAUUUGAUGCUCUUGAAUCUGAAACUUUAAAAGACCUCUCUCUAUUCUUUAAAAAGGUAUUCAGCAUAGGUCCUCUACAAUUACUUCUGGACCAAAUUCCUGAAGAACAAUACAAUUCCAUAGAAUGCAAUCUGUGGAAUGAAGAGGCAGAAUGCAUCAAAUGGCUUCAUUCCAAAGAACCCAAUUCGGUUAUUUACGUAAAUUUUGGAAGCACUACGGUUAUGACAGCUGAACAGGUAGUCGAGCUUGCUUGGGGACUUGCAAACAGUAACCAUAACUUCCUGUGGAUAACAAGGCCAGACUUAAUAAUGGGAGAAUCAGCAAUUCUGCCGCCUGAAUUCCUGGUUGAAACUAAAGAAAGAGGUUUUAUAGCAAGCUGGUGUCCGCAAGAGGAAAUUCUGAACCACCCAUCAACGGCGGGAUUCAUGACUCACUGCGGAUGGAAUUCAAUUCUGGAAACUAUCUCGUCAGGAACUCCCAUCAUCGGCUGGCCUUUCUUUGGAGAGCAUUUUGUUAACAGCAGAAAAAGCUGCAAUGAAUGGGGAAUUGGUACGGAAUUGGGCACCAAUUUUGAAAGAGAAGAUGUAGAGAAGCUUGUCAAGGAAUUGAUGGAGGAAGAGAAAGGGAAAAAGAUGAAGGAAAAGGCCAUGGAAUGGAAGAAAUUAGCAGAAGAGUGUGUGAAUAGUAAUGGGUCAUCUUCAUUCAACUUCAACAACCUCGUUAAUGAAGUGCUGCUGUCAAAGAAUUGAAUUUCUUUGAUGGAAAGAGGUUUAUUUCUUUUGUAAUGAUAUUUUAUUAUUUGUUUCUUUCU